AUGAAAAGAAAAAGUAUUGAUAUUGCUUAACCUAAUCCAGAGCCAAUUAAUGUUGAUACUACAAGCCAAACAAAUGUGAGAAGGACCUAUCGUACCAGAUCAACACCCGUGAAAGAGAAUAUCAGUACCCAACCUACAAAAGGUGUCAGAAGUGAACCAAUUGAUAUGAAUAUUGUUGGAUCAAGCAAAACAAAGAAACAGAGGAAAAAAACUUUAAGAUCAAAACAUGGAAAGAACAAUGUAGAUUCUGGGAAAUCAGAUGUUAACAAAGAAAAAGUAGACACAAUACCAAGUGACAACAUAAGUGUAGGAAGGAUGAAAAGGAAAGGUUCUACGAGAAAUACACCUGUUGAGGAUAAUAAGAAAUCAUCGGAUGCAAGUGGUGAAAGGAAAAAAGCAAUAAAUUUAAAUGAGAUAGUUAUGGAGAGUAUAAGUGGGUCAAAGAAAGACAAUGAAAAUGCCAAAAUUGGUGUGGAUAUGGAAGAUAAGGAAAAUGUUGUAAAAAGAAAAAAAGGUAGUGAAAAGAUGCACAUUCAAAGAAAUCUCCAAAAAGAGAGAAUGGAAAAGUAG